UCUCUUGUUUCCUUCUCAGUAGGUAUUUGUACGAUCGUCCAUUUUCUGUUCACUUGUUUUCCUCUUGAAAGUUUCCCGAUGAAAGACCUCCCUUUAGAAACGUCUACUUUUCAUAUAAAUAACAUACAUUCGAAUGCUACUGUCAUCUUUUCACAAAACCAUUCCGAUGUAAAUAAAAGUAACAGAUUGGUAUUGUUACCUGGAUCAAUGUAGGGCGAAUCCAGAGGUGGAUGGGAGGAAAGGUGUCAUCUACUACCACCUUCAAAGACAAUGAGUGAAAAAGCAAGAGUGAUAUCUGAUUUGACGAUUUCUCAGUCCAUAUAUGAGUUAUCAAACGGUUUUCUGGAAAGAAAGCAUGAAAAAGCUCUAGAAACCCUGUUUUCAGCGAUUCGAGAAAACCAUCUGGCACCUCUUUACCAAUACGUCUGCGAAUAUGAGGGUACGAUGUCGAAAAUCGAUCAUGAUGAAGCCUUUUACAAUCAAAUGAUGGAAGAGAACAAUAAACGGAUUGAAGAAUAUGACAAGGCCCUUGCAGACGCCCAAGAACUGAACGGUGAACAUGAAAUUCUAGAAGCUAUGAGAAACAAGGCAUACUAUUUUGUCGAUAUUUGUGAUAGAGUACGAGGUGUUCAACUUUGUGAUGAAAUUUAUGAUCGAGCUACUUUGACAGGCAUGAAAAUUGAUGUGUUGUUCCUAAAGAUUCGCCUAGCCUAUAUCUACGCUGAUAUGAUGACAGUCAGUCAUUUGCUAGAGAAGAUGAAACCACUUAUUGAAAAGGGAGGAGAUUGGGAACGCAAGAAUCGCUUAAAGGCUUACCAAGGAAUUUAUUUGAUGUCCAUUCGUGACUUUUCUGGCGCAGCCGAUUUGCUGCUUGACUGCAUGUCUACAUUUUCUUCCACAGAACUACUUCCUUAUUACGAUAUUGUUCGUUAUGCUGUCAUUUCUGGUGCCAUUUCUUUAGACCGUGUUCAUGUAAAGUCAAAAAUUAUAGAUUCCCCAGAGGUCCUUGCCGUGCUCCCUCGAAACGAGUCUAUGGCUAGUUUAGAAGCUUGUAUCAAUAGCCUUUAUCUCUGUGACUAUGCUGGCUUCUUCCGUACUCUUGCUGAUGUCGAACAAAACCAUUUGAAGUGCGAUCAAUUCCUUGUCGCUCAUUACCGCUACUAUGUUCGUGAAAUGAGAAGACGUGCCUACUCUCAGUUGUUGGAAUCUUAUCGCGCUCUUAGUAUCGACUCUAUGGCUGCUGCCUUUGGCGUCUCUGUCGAAUAUAUUGAUCGCGAUGUUGCUUCCUUUAUUCCCGACAAUAAAUUGAACUGUGUUAUUGAUCGCGUCCAUGGCGUCGUUGAAACAAAUCGUCCUGAUGAAAAGAACCGCCAAUAUCAAGAAGUUGUUAAGCAAGGUGAUGUCUUGCUCAAUAAGCUUCAAAAAUACCAAGCCACUGUUAUGCGCGGUGCCUUUAAAGUCUAAAUAUUGGGGAUUUCUCGUUUCUAAUUAAAAAAGUCAAGUCGGUUUCAUAAAUGGAAACUCCGUUUGUUGAUGCUCAUGUAAUGAAAACUGUUCUGCAUAUGACUGUCCCCAAAAGGUUUGUAAGAAUAAAUCUUUUUUCACGUUUUUCUUAUUAUGUUUGUAAGCGUUUUCACCCAACUUUGUUAGCGUAAUCGGUUUUUGUAAGACGACAUAGAAAACAUCACGUGUAACGAUUCUGG